UAGAAAUGUGCCUGUUGCUGCCUUGCCUGUAACUCAGCAAAUGACAGAAAUGAGCAUUUCAAGAGAGGACAAAAUAACUACCCCGAAAACAGAGGUGUCAGAACCAGUUGUCACUCAGCCCAGUCCAUCAGUUUCUCAGCCCAGUACUUCUCAAAGUGAAGAAAAAGCUCCUGAGUUACCCAAACCAAAGAAGAAUAGAUGUUUCAUGUGUAGAAAGAAAGUUGGCCUUACAG